AUGGCUACAAAUGUAGACAUAUUUAAAACUGAAUAUUUGAGAUUAAAACACGUUGAAACACAAUAUAAAACAUUCAAAGAAGAGCAGGCCUUCAAAGACAAUGAAAUGAAAGAAAAAUUUGAACAAUUUGAAAAUAAAAUCUUAGAAUUAACAACAGCAAAUGAACAUUUAACGAAUCAAGUAGAUGCUUUAACGCUUCCAGUCUGCUCAUCCAAAACCGCCAUUACCAGUACAACACGGUCAGCGUAUUAUAAACGUAUUAUUAGUGGUUAUCAAAUAUUUAACUAUGACAAUGAAUUUAAAUUAAAAUAUAAUAAUGCAUUCUUAGAUAAAUUUCAAUUAGCUUAUGAAACAUGGGGAGAAUUAGAUAAAAAAAAAACUAAUGCCGUACUUAUAUUUACUAGUCUAGAAGCUAGUUCACACGCUAAGAGUCAUGAGGCGCAUUUGUGUACCGGUUGGUGGGAACAAUUUAUUGGUCCGGGAUUAGCAAUUGAUACAAAUCAUUUGUUUGUUAUUUGUUGUAAUCAUAUUGGCGGAUGUUAUGGUACAACUGGACCAUCUUCAAUAAAUCCAAAAACAAAUUGUCCAUAUGGUAGUUCAUUUCCAAUUUUAUCUGUAGAAGAUUUUGUUAAUGCACAAUUUUUAUUAAUACAAAAAUUAGGAAUUCAAAAGGUAUUAAAAAAAGCUCUGUGA